UAUAUUUAAUUUUACAUUACUGCCUAUGUGCAACUGAUCUACACGGCUUGUUAAAAAACCUACAUGUCCGGCUAGCUAGCUAGCCGACUAGCUACAUUUUCGAGAACACCCGGUUUGGAUUUGGACGUCGGCAUUGGCCAUUGCUGGAUGUUUUUGAGACAAGCGAAGGGGCUGUUUGUAGUCGGCGGAGAAGAUGGGGGACUCUUAUGACCCAGAACAUCCGACAGAGUGUGUCAUCACCUUGGAGAGCACACUGCUCUGAGCUGGUUUGUUCCGGGCCAGCAGCACCACCAGGCUGCACUCGACAGCCCUGCCCCUAAAUGGAUGCGCUUGUGGAGACAGAGAUCAGAGAAGAGGGAGGUGAUGCUGUGGAUAAGAAUGAGAGCCUUUCUAAGGCCACCCUUCUCAAAGGCCUCUCACCAAAAAAUGUUGGGUCGAGCCGCCUCCUGCCUAAAGGCACCAAGUCAAAGGUGAAUCUGGAGGAACAAGGCAGGCAGAGGGUCUCUUUCAGCUUUCAGAUAAAGAAACCGUUACCAUUGUUUAUGGCCCCCCUCAGCCCUGAAAAAUCAUUCGGUGAUCUGCAGCUCCCUGCCACACAGUUUGCCACCUCACCCCCCCAAGAUAGAGUAGAGCUGCAAGCUAUUAGUAGGAAUGAACAAACUGAGUUACUGCCUCCUCCCCAUGUCAUAGAACCCCUGGCUCCACCACCAACAGUCCCCUCUCCCCCCAAAGCCAAGCUUGAUGCUGGGAAGAUGCACUUCAAGAAGCAGAUCCUCAGCGUCUCUGCUAGUCUGGAGCAGAUGACCGAGAAGGAGCCCCUGGCUUGCGACUUAAAUAAGGAGCCUCCUUCCUCAGAGGAGGAGGCUGUGCUUAAGCCAACAUACAGACCGGAAGCAGAGAGCCCACCAGCCCAGGUCCACGACAGUGUUAUCAUUGAACGUACCCCUGAGGAGCCAUUCAUGGGGGGAAUGGCUGAGGAGAAACCAGACCCCUAUAUCAAAGGCCCUGUUGAUACUUCCCAUAUUGGGAAAGAGGACAGGGACCGAAGUGGAGCAACAGAGUAUGCAGAAAAUGUAGAGCACAGGAAAAGCCUGUCCCAGUCAGACAGUACGCUUCCUGGCUCAGAGUCCGAUGCUGACUCUGUGCGGACGUCUUCCAGCCAGAAGUCAGGUGACCUCAAGAGCACAGCUAAGGUGGAUGGUUGGAGCAAGGAUGUUCAGAGCAACUCCUCUGGUUGUAGAGUGGAGGAUUUUGGAAAGUCUCAUGCAAGGACAGAGAAGGACGAAAGGUUAGCUGGCCAUUCAAAGUCUGAGCAUGAGUCAAGACGCACAUCCUCGCGGUCCUCCCGUUCAGAUAAAGAUAGAAGGAAAACAAAGAGCCGAUCACGUUCCCGUUCUCGUUCCCGAUCUAGAGGCUCUAGAACAAGUUCCUCAUACUCUAGAGCUGAGAGGUCCUCAAGGAGUGAGAAACUAGCAAGAUCAGACAGGUCCCACUACCGUGACUCUGAGCGUAGAUCACAUAGGAGUUCUCCAUAUCACGAAACGAGAUCAUCUCGCUCUCGAACUGAACAUAGAUCUCGUGAUAGCUCAGACUCUGAGGAUGACCACCGUAGGACUCGUACUCACGGCAGUGACUCCAACCGUUCAUCUACCCAUUCUAGCUCUUACAGAGACUCUAAAUCAUCAUCAUCUUACUCAAAAUCUGACAAGGACUCCAAAUCAAUAGAAUCCUCUCGCUCUUCUGAGUCUGAGAAAAGAACACAGUCAAGGUCUGAGAGAUAUUCUAGGAGGACCAAGGACUCUGAGCAAAUUAAAAAGAGCUCUCCAGAAGCAGAACCAGAUUAUAGGAAGUCCAGCACCUCGUCCAAAAAUGAGAGUUGCCAUAAAUCUUCUCCCAAACCUAGUAGCAGUUCCCAGAAUUCAGAGAAGAUGGCUCUGAAAAGUACCUCCAGCUCUGACUCUGAGGAGGAGUGGAAGGGGAAGUGUCACUUAAAGGUCUCAUCUAAGUUUUCCCCGUCCUCUUUGUCAGAAGCGCCAGGAGCCACCACAUGUGAAAAAACCGACAUCUCCAGUUCACAGCAAAUGUCACCUAAGCCCUUGUGUAAUUUCAAAGGAGCUGACCGACAAUCACAGGACAUGUUCACCAGUCCAGAAAAAAUACACACAAAGUCCAAUUCUGACGACCAUCACAAAAAUAAUGAGGAAAAUAUGGCUUCUCAGCUUGCUGAUUGUUGCUCGUUUGAAGAAAGAGACAGUAAAGAAGGUGUCCAAGCUGAUGCUAUGUGUAGUACUCAACACCUAACUGUGCCUGAGCCUUGCUCUUCCGAUGGCUUGGUGCCUCAGGACACUGAACAAACAAACUCUUAUAACUCAGUUGCCUGCAUAAGGGCCAAGCAGGUAUCCACCUAUAGUCUGCGCUCCAAGUCUAAAUCUCAAAAGCUUGAGUCUUUGCCACCUCUAGAACAGACCUUGCCCGAUUCAAGUCCAACACCUGUGUGCCAGCAUAGUCCAAGCCAAGGUAGUAAUCUCCUUGAUACAUGCAUCAAUUUUCCUGACAACUGCUCCUCCUCUGAGACAUUUAGGGACCAGCAAAAGACAGGAGAGGUUUACACCUUGAACAAAACUCUCUUAGAUGAUGGAGGAACACAUGUGCUUGUCACCCAUUGUGAGCCUAAUAUUAGGUCAAGUUCAUUAGGGCUUAACCAUCAAAUUUGUCCUAAUGACCACAGUUUGUGUGGGACUUUGAAGGACACGGUUACAUGUGUGACUACAUCAGAUGGAUCAGAUAGACCGGAACUUCAGUUAGUCCACAGUAGAGCAGAAUCAAAAACAAUCAACAGUGAGCUGAGUGAUGGUCUUGAAGUUGCAAAUUGUUUUCCUGCAAACAAGCAGAUGGUCACCAGAGUGAGCGACAUCUUGAAUGAAAAUACCAUCAUGAAAAACUUUGUUCCAGAGAUUACAGAAGGUCCUUAUCACGCACAGCCUGAAAUCAGAACAGCUAAAGACUCUGCAGAGAACAAAACAGAUAUAGCAAAAACCACUUCUAAUUGCUCUGGUGAAGAUGCUCUGUUCUGCACUGACAAAAUUGUCAUAUUAGAACGGAAUACCCCUCAAGUAGGCCAGGGUCUAAAAGAAUCAAAACCAGCAGCAGUUGUUUCAGUUGAACUCCUAGGUGAAGAUCACUUGCAGAAGAACACUAAAACUGUAGAGAAUUUGCUUUCCAGUCAAUGUGAGACUAGCCUAAAGGUCACAGAGUGUGUGAUUGGAGGUCUGACAGAGCAGCUGAACAAGACUGAACAACAGAAGUCUGAGCAAUUAAAAAACAAAAAAAUGAAUGUGAAAAAAUCACGCUGGGACAUUGUGGGAGAGAACACCUCUGACCAUGAGAACUCUCCCAAAAUUAUUUGCAAUGAGUCUAAGCCCUCUGUUAAAAAGAUAAUUUCUGUUAAGAGUAUAGAGUUCUCUAAAGAAUCUGGUUUGGAGGACACAAGCUUAAAGAAAGAAUCUGAUUUUAGUCAUGAGCAGAGUCCUAUGAUGGCACAGCUUCAUUUAAACAUGGGAGCGCAGAAGUUUUCUAAAAGGCUUGUUGUCGUUGUAAAGAAGGAAGACAUGGGAAUUCAAUUGGAUGGCUCUCUAAGAUUUCAGGAGAAAGUAAAACUACAAGAGCAGGUGGAUCCAUCAAAAACUUUACCAAAUCCUCAGUUAUGUGACACUAGCCUUGAGGCAGAGGAUGUCAAACCCUGCAUUGAUCAGAACUUUAAAGGCCCUCCAAAAUCUAGCCAUUCAUCUGUUGGAGACAAUAAUAAGGACCAAGAGUGGACAGGGGAUGCCAGUGGUCAUCAACAGCAGGGUGACCUUUUGAGGAACAAGUUUGGUAGCAGUAGCAAUGUGUCUUUGGAGCGGGCUGUGGAAGGCAACAGUGAAGAGAGUGACACAGAGGACUCUGAGUCUGACUCUGAUGACAGCAGCAUUCCCAAGAACCGUUUGCACUCUGUGGUUGUUGUGCCAAAGAAUUCCUCCCUUACUCUGGAUACCAGAGCUGGGCCUACUUCAUCAUCUGUCCACAGUGACAGCCCUCUGCAACCACCUGUAGAGUGGCUGGAGCGCAGCUGGUUGAUGCCCAGCAGCCAAGGCUCUGACCGGGGCGAAGGUGUCCGUAGAGGGGUCUCUGGUAAAGGAUGUUCCACUCUGCUGUCUGAGGGCAAUCAACAUGGCCUUGAGCCUUGUGCGAAUGUAAAACCUCCCAUUGCCUCCCAAAGUAUGGCUUAUUUGUCCCAAAGCAAUAUGGUUGACAGCACCAGCCAAGUGGAGGCUGCUCGCAGUGCCCAGCAGCACAUGGAACAAGUCCCCACCACUAAUGUGAAACCAAAGACCCUUGGAACGAUGAGCCAUGCUGGUAACUUCCACCACCUUGAAGACUCAUGGAGGGAGCCUGACACAGGAUACUCACAGCACUAUGAUGGUCCUGACAGCUGGCAUGGGCGUAAGCGAAUGUACCGUUAUCAACAAGCAGACUUCUCUGGCUCUGAUGACUUUGACUGCAAAGAUGGAUAUAGUCUGGGAUGGGACUUCACACAACCAGAACAGCCGAGCAGCACCUACCAGCAGCCAGACAGCAGCUUUGGCAUCCAGCCCCAGAAACCUUCCCAGUCUGCCAGCUCUGCCACUGGGCUGGUUUGUGGUCAGGGUAGCAGUUUUUGGAACACGCCCAGUGUGUCUGAAAGCUGCAGGCCACUGUACCUCCCUGUGCCUUCACACUAUUGUGAGCCAGUUAGCCAGGUCCAACCUGACUCUCUGACUAACGAUUAUGAUGAUGAGAGCCGGAGGAAGAUGGUGCCUCACAACACAUCAACCACGUUGUCCUGUGACCUUCCUCCUCCAGCUUCGUCAUCUUACUCUUUUGUCCAAGCCCACGAGAUCAGCAGCAAUUGCAGGGGUCUUGUGAGUGCCACCCCAGAGAGCACGGCCAUCCCUGACACCCCUAAACGUGAGGAUGGCCAAAGACCUCACCGGGGUAGGGGCCCACCAAAAAAGAGACGACCAGAGCUGGAGUCUGACUCGGAGAAUGAGGCCGAAGCAGGGCUUUCUGCCAAGAGAGAGCGCAUUUCAUACGAUGGUGCGGAGACCCCAUCCCAAGCUGUUGUAGCUGAGCGGCCCUCGCUUAGUCUGCAGAAUUUCCAGGACCCUGCUGCCUGGAAGGAGCUGGCUAGGACGAAAAAGAUGCCUCCAUACUUUGACCUGAUAGAAGAGAACUUGUACCUGACAGAGCGGAAGAAGAACAAGUCUCACCGAGACAUCAAACGAAUGCAGUGCGAGUGCUCAGUGUUGUCACGGGAGGAGCGAUCCCGUGGAGCCGCAGCUUGUGGGGAGGACUGCCUCAACCGCCUGCUGAUGAUCGAGUGCUCAUCGCGAUGCCUGAAUGGAGUUUACUGUUCCAACCGGCGCUUUCAGAUGAAGCAGCAUGCGGACUUUGAGGUCAUCUUGACAGAAAGCAAGGGCUGGGGCCUGAGGGCGGCUAAGGACCUGACGCCGAACACCUUUGUGUUGGAGUAUUGUGGGGAGGUUUUGGACCACAAAGAGUUCAAGGCCCGUGUCAAAGAGUAUGCCCGCAACAAGAACAUCCACUACUACUUCAUGGCCCUAAAGAACAAUGAGAUCAUUGAUGCCACACUGAAGGGGAACUGUUCUCGUUUCAUGAACCACAGCUGUGAACCCAACUGUGAGACCCAGAAGUGGACCGUAAAUGGUCAGCUUCGAGUCGGUUUCUUCACCACCAAGGCUGUGACAGCUGGCACUGAACUCACAUUCGACUACCAGUUCCAGAGAUAUGGGAAGGAGGCUCAGAAGUGCCUGUGUGGAGCUCCGAGCUGCCGGGGUUUCCUGGGUGGGGAGAACCGGGUCAGUAUCCGGGCCGCAGGGGGAAAGAUGAAGAAAGAACGCACGCGGAAGAAGGACACAGUGAGCGCGCUCACUACGGUGGAUGAGGAGCUGGAGGCACUGCUGGAGAAUGGUGAGGGUCUGUCCGAUGAGAAGCAAGUGGUCUCGCUCUGUCGGCUUAUGGUUCGAGUGGAGACCAUGGAGCAGAAGCUGACCUGCCUCAAACUCAUCCAGAAUACCCAGAAUCCCGCUUGCCUGAAGCAGUUCCUGGAUCACCACGGCCUCUCGCUGCUUUGGAUCUUCAUGGUGGAACUCUCGGAGGCCAAAGGCAACAACAUCAAGUUGCAGCUGGAGAUCAUGAAGAGCCUGGCGGUUCUUCCCAUCUCCACCAAGAACAUGCUGGAGGAGAGCAGGGUGCUGCACUUCAUCCAGCGCUGGGCCCAGAACCAGGCCCUGCCCCCGCCCGCCGAGCAGGACGGGUACUCCAGCGAGAACACGUCCCGCGCCCAGACCCCGCUCAACACCCCCGACGGGCCGCCCGUCAAGCCGGGCCAGGAGCUGGACAGCGACACGCCCAAACGCGCCGUGUACCGGCGCCUGAAGAUCAUCAGCGAGAACAGCCUGGACAGCGCCCUCUCCGACGCCAGCAAGGCCUCCGACGGCAAGGAGGACGAGGAGGAGGACGAGGAGGAGGAGGAGGAGGACGACUCUUCGCAGGCCGAGCCCGCGGAGAGCAGUCAGGCGGGCCAGGAAACGGUGGCGGAGGAGGCUUCCGCAGCACUGGAGGAGAAGCAGGAACCAGCAGAGCCAACAGAGGGCGCCACUGGGGCCGAGCCCAAGAGCGAGGAGCCCGGGGAGGGGGAGGUGGAGGUGGACAUGGAGGUGCAGGCGGAGCAGGAGAGGACUGAGGGCCAGGAGGUGGAGGUGGAGGUGCAGCUCAGCCAGCCAGGGAAGGAGGUGGAGCAGGAGGCCGAGACGGAGGGGGUGCAGGAGGAGAGCCAGGAGGAGAGCCAGGCGGAGGCGAUGGGGCCGCUGACUGUGACCACAGAGAAGGAAGGGGAUUCAGAAGAGCAGCCGUCUCAGGCAGAACAGCCGAGCCAGACCGCCCCUGCGGAGGAGCUUCCCAAAGAGGAGGAGACCAAGGUGGAGGAGGUCGCCGGGGUAGAGGAGGCUGUGGAGGAUCCUGCGGCCGUGAAGCAGGGCGUGGAGGAGGUAGCGGUGACAGCUGAGGAGGGCGUGGCCACAGGAGAGGCCGCGCCCGUCCAAGAUCCGCCCGCUCCAGUGGAGACAGCGGUGGCGGUGUCUGAGUCCGCCGUAGAGGCCACCGAUCCGGGGACUGCCCUCGCCACGGCCGAUCCUGUCGCCGUGGCUGAUGCCAUCGCCGUGGAGACACCGUCCCAGGACGAGGAGGAGGGCGUGUCGGACGUGGAGAGCGAGAGGAGCCAGGAGCCCCCGCUCAGGGUGGUGGACAUCGCUGACAUGGCCGCCCGACUGCUGGACACCUGGAAGGACCUGAAGGAGGUGUACAGGAUCCCCAAGAAGAGCCAGGUGGAGAAGGAGCACAGUGACCGCAGCCGCGACCGCGACGCGCCCUUCACCCCGCGCACGCCCUCGGGCAGCCGCGAGCGCGAGAGGGACAGGGAGCGGGAGCGCGACCGGGACCGCGACCGUGACCGCGAUCGGGACCGGGACCGGGACCGGGACCGCGAUAAAGACCGGGACCGCGACCGCGACAGGGACCGCGAGAGGGACAGAGACCGGGACCGCGACGGCGAGAGGACGAUGCGCAGCGCGGAGCGCCGCCGCCGCCGGGCGUCCCUCUCGCCCCCGCUCUCCGCCUACGACAGGAGCAGCCGGCGCAGCGAUGACCGGUACGACCACCCCAACAGCAGCAAGAAGAAGGGGCGGACGAAGGAGCGCCAGAAGCUGACGACGGAGGAGCGGAGGAAGCUGUUUGAGCAGGAGGUGGCCCAGCGCGAGGCGCAGAAGCAGCAGCAGCUGCAGACCCUGGCCUACGACAGCCUGGGCUACUCGUCCAGCCCCCACGGCUUCCUGGCCUACCCCCCGGGCUACCCCAUGCAGGCCUACGUGGACCCCAGCAACCCCAACGCCGGCAAGGUGCUGCUGCCCACCCCCGCGGUGGAGCCGCUGCCCCCCGCCCUGCCCUACGAGCAGACCCCGCCCCCGCAGCCGCUGCUGCCCGAGCUGGGCCUGGCCUCGCCCUCGCCCACCACCCACCUGGCCGCCGCGCCCCUGGAGCUGGCGCAGGGCAGCGCGCCGCAGUACGCGCAGCCGGGCGUGGCGGCGCAGGACCCCUCCGUGGCCGUCCUCUCCAUGCCCGCGCCGGCGGCCGGCACGCAGGUGCAGGGCCAGCAGAGCUACGCCCCCCUGUGGGACCCCGCGGUACAGCAGGCGCUCACCGUGCAGGCCACACCCGCCCAGCAGUACCCGCCCGCCGCCACCGCCCAACCGCAGGCCGCCAUCUACUACCAGGGCCAGCCGUGCCAGGCGGUGUACAGCAUCCCCACCGCCGCCUACCCGCAGACCAGCGCGCCCGUCAUACAGACCUACACCGAGCCUGCCGCGGGCUACCUGCAGGGACAGCAGGUGUACUCUGGCCACCAGCAGGGGGUGGUGCUGCAGCAGGCAGGCAGCGUCACCACCAUCGUCGCGGCGCAGACCGUUCCGCAGGAGAUGAUGGUCCCCAACAACUUAAUGGACCUGCCCCCACCCUCGCCCCCCAAACCCAAAUCCAUCGUCCUGCCCCCCAGCUGGAAAGUAGCACGUGACCCAGAGGGCAAGAUCUACUACUACCAUGUGAUCACCAGGCAAACGCAGUGGGACCCCCCGUGCUGGGAGGGGGGCAGCGACAAUGCCAGCGUAGACCAUGAGGCUGAGAUGGACCUCGGGACGCCCACUUACGACGAAAACCCCUCCAAGUUCUCCACUAAGACGGCAGAAGCUGACACCUCCAGCGAGCUGGCCAAGAAGAGCAAGGAGGUCUUCCGCAAGGAGAUGUCCCAGUUCAUCGUGCAGUGCCUGAACCCGUACCGGAAACCAGACUGCAAGCUGGGCCGCAUUGGCAACACCGAGGACUUCAAACACCUAGCCAGAAAGCUGACGCACGGCGUGAUGAACAAAGAGCUCAAGUCCUGCAAGAACCCGGAGGACCUGGAGUGCAACGAGAACGUCAAGCACAAGACCAAGGAGUACAUCAAGAAGUACAUGCAGAAGUUCGGCCCGGUGUACAGGCCCAAGGAGGACACGGAGGUGGACUGAGCCUCCACCCGUCCGCACGGAAAGCUCGCGGGAGACGUUCACCAACACAGGCUCGGCCUUCACUCGGUCACGUGACAUCAGCUCACCAGGGUCAGGCGGUUGCCGUAGCGUCGGUUGCCGUAGCGUCAGCUGUCUGGAGUGUGAGGUCUGCGGGGGUAG